AUGGCCCGCCGGAGCUCGUUCACAUCCGCGUUGGGAGGCAAGUUGCGCACGCAGAGGCGCUUGGGGUUCAAGAACAUGUUCGGGUUUUUCAUCUUCUCCAGUUUCUCUUUGAAACUGGAGGUUUGGAGUUUCUGUUCCAUCGCGGUCAGCUUCUGGAACUCAGGGGAAGUCUCGAGGAUUACGCCUUCCAUCAAUAGGUCGCUGCGUUUCUUCGAGUUGGGGGCGGCAUUGCGCUUUUGCUCCUUGGCUUUCGACAAGUUGCUGGCCUCGUCCUUGCUGAUUGCCCGUGACAGGCGCAAGCGCCUACCAUUUAGGGAGAAUCCAAGGCCCGCAGCCGGUCCAUGUUUCACCUUGUUGCGGGCGCUCUUUUUGUCCUCCAAGUUGAAAUCGGCGUCACGUUCCAGCGCCAGCUCCUCCAUGGCCAAAAUCUUACGUGCGUCGUCGGCAUCCUCGAAAAGAAUGAAAGCGGUGCCACGGCUGACCCCUUUCUCAUCUUUACAAAUGUUGCAAGAUUUCACAGCGCCAUAG